CUGUUUCUAGCCGAGAAAAUUGCUGCGAAAAUUAGUGUGCAGUGAUAAAUAAAGUGGUCGCUGUGUGUUACUAAGUUUUUGUGCAAAAUAGGGCUGUUCAAACCAAAAACCGUGCGCGCAAGUGCCGCAUGACGCACGCAUCCGCAUCCAGUCUGCCGGAGCUCCUUUACUCCGAACGGUGUGUCCCCGCGGAACAGUUUCGUUGCGUGUCUUCCUGAUUUUUCUUCUCCCGUUGUUUGGUUCCUGUUCGUCCCGUGUUGGUUCUAUUGCUCCGUCCGUUUUGCCUGCUUCAACCCCGCUAACGGUGUUCAGCUGUUCGUUCUUGAGUUCUUGAAAGCCGGGGGGUUCCAUUCGACCGAACCGAGUUCACCACCGUACGACUCACGGGCCCGGGGCUGGGAAAAGAUCCGUUUCUAUCCCAUCUCCCCGAUCUCCUCCUGGGUGAGAGAGAAAGAAGAGGGUGGCAGGCAGACCGCCCCGUCGCCGUCGUUUUUGUUGUGCAAGUUCUGGCUUCGAUCUCGGGUUUCUCCACCCAGCGCAAUGAGUUUUUUGUUCCGUUCGAGCAAAACGUUCAAACCAAAGAAAAACAUCCCGGAGGGAACACAUCAGUAUGAUCUUAUGAAACAUGCGGCCGCCACGCUCGGUUCCGGUAACCUGCGCAAUGCGGUCCAGCUUCCCGAUGGGGAGGAUCUCAACGAGUGGGUGGCCGUUAACACGGUGGACUUCUUCAAUCAGAUCAACAUGCUGUACGGUACGAUCACCGAGUUCUGCACCGAGGACACGUGCGGGAUUAUGUCGGCGGGACCCAAGUACGAGUAUCACUGGGCGGACGGGCAGACGGUCAAGAAGCCGAUCAAGUGCAGCGCCCCGAAGUACAUCGACUACCUGAUGACGUGGGUACAGGAUCAGCUGGACGAUGAGACGCUCUUCCCAUCCAAGAUCGGCGUUCCGUUCCCGAAGAACUUCAUCAACAUCGCCAAAACGAUCCUGAAGCGAUUGUUUCGCGUGUACGCCCACAUCUACCACCAGCACUUCUCCGAGGUGGUCCGGUUGAGCGAGGAAGCCCACCUCAACACGUCCUUCAAGCACUUCAUCUACUUCGUGCAGGAAUUCAGUUUGAUCGAUCGUCGCGAGCUCGCACCGCUGCAGGAUCUAAUCGAAAAGCUCAUCACGAAGGACGGACGAUAAGCUGGCGAAAUGGGGCGACGGUUCGACGAUAUAGCAGCCACCGAUGUCGCUUUGUGUCCCCUUUUUAACUGCCAAGACGAGGCCAAAACCAGCAACGGCUCUCCUUUCUUCCAAUCUCCUUUCCUUUGAGCAACUUCUUCACUGGAGCAUCUCCUCACCACACCCCUCUCAUCACCACGCACCCCCUGUCCCUCCUCGGUCGGUCGAUGGACCCCCCGGGGGGUGGGGUCUAAUUUAUUUUUCUUUUAGCCCAUUUCCAACAAAAGCGCUCGAAUUUUUACGAUUAAUUGUACGAAACCUAGUGGUUAAGCUUCUCUGUGUUAAGGUUUGCGGGCACGUUUGAGGCGUUUUAUGAAAACGUGAAGCGUACGUUCGUCCUGUAGCUACUCCGCCCUGCCCUGGCCAGCCUAUGACCUCAUCUCACGGGCGGCUUCUCUCGUAAUGUACAUACCACUUAUCUCUGUAUACCGUUGAGGGAGCAAAACACUGUUUGUGGCGUGCGGUGCAGCGCUGUCCCACGUGAAGGACAUUGCUUUUGGUUUCGUUUGUGUGUUUUGUUCGGCAGCCUCCCUUUCUCGCAGUGUUGCGCUUCGUUCGCUGUGGAGGCGAAAUGUGCAAUGGGCGCUAUCACAUGCUGCUGCUUUCCGUUGCAUGAAGCUCCCAGAUACGAUGCACCGGAGACCGGGAGACACUUUGUUUUUUAUAACGACGCGAGUCCGCAACGUUGCCCGCAACGAGCCGCGUAUGAGAUGUAGGGAUCAAAACUAUGCUACAAGCAGAGCGCCAAAAACGACUGAUAAAAAACCAGGGAAAAAGAGAACGAUAAAGCGGUACAGCAGCGACUGGCCACGACACGCUAUAUAGUAGUAGAACGAUUGUUCUUUUUUAUAUGAUAAUAAUGCAGCAACUAGAAGACUCAGCAAACAGCAGCAGGGAGUAGAGCGAACGAACAAAACAAAGGUGAAUGACGAAUGGGCCCCGCAUGUACGGUUGCCGUGUGUAAAGAAGUAGCAUAUAAGAGAGAAAGAGGCACUUUUAGAUUUCAGAAUGGUAACGGAAAACGGAACAGACCGGUGUGGCAGUGGCGCGGCGUGGCGUGACGCGGCCAAGUGCACGCAUUAAAAGUACGAUAACGCU